GGCGCGGAGCGGAUGGCGGCGACCGGAGCGGGCCGGGGGCGGCCGCAGCUGCCUGGGGCCUGAGCGCUGCGCCCGCGGCGGAGCCGCCAUGAGCCUGAGGCCUCCGCAGGGCCCCGACAGAGGACAGGGCAGCAAGAGGCAGCCUCAGGUGCCCAGGUUGAGCAGCCUCUCCUCCCUGGGGGACUCCUCCGAGCGAAGGUCUCCUGGGCACCAGCGGCAGCCCUCGGACGCCUCUGAAGGCACAGGGCUGGUGCAGCGCUGUGUGGUGGUGCAGAGGGACCAGAAUGGCUUCGGCUUCACCGUCAGCGGCGACCGCGUGGUGCUGGUGCAGUCAGUGCGGCCUGGGGGGGCAGCCAUGAGAGCAGGGGUGCAGGAGGGCGACAGAAUCGUCAAGGUGAAUGGCACCAUGGUGACCAACAGCUCCCACCUGGAAGUGGUGAAGUUGAUCAAGUCCGGCGCCUAUGUGGCUCUGACCCUGCUGGGUUCCCCUCCCCCCUCCGCGGCUCUCUCCUCUUCCCAACCCGACGGCAGCAGCGCCCCGGGGGGGCCCAGGACCACCUCCUGCUGCCCCCCACCCCCCCCGCCGCUGCCUCCUCCCCAGCGCAUCACCGAGCCCAGGCCCCUGCAGGACCCCGAGGUGCAGAAGCAUGCGGCCCAGAUCCUGCGCAGGAUGCUGCGGCAGGAGGAGGCAGAGCUGCAGAGGUUCUAUGAGGCCUACAGCAGGCAGCCUGGCAGCGAGGUGGAGGAGCAGAUCGAGGGGGCACGGCGCAGGCUCAGCCAGCUGCAGCUCAAGAUCCUGCAGGAGACUGGCAGCUGCCUGGACUCAGGGAGGCUGUGCAGUGACUCCAGCCUGGGCAGCGUGAGGGCAGUGCCAGGUCGCCUGUCCCUGGACUCUCAGGACGGUGACAGUGGCUUGGAGUCGGGGCCUGAGCGACUGCCCUCGGCCAGCGAGGUGUCCCUCACCCACCCUGUGCCCUCUGAGCGUGCCCUGGACAGCCCCAGGACCUCCCCCGUGCCCAGCUCCCGCCUGUGCCAGCACCGCCGGCAGGGCUCCGACCCCCCCGAGCAGGGCACAGAGAGGGCAGGAGGAGCUCUGAUCAUCGGCCCCGAGGAGGACUGGGACCCAGGGGACUGCAGCAGUGAGGGAGAUUUCCUCUUCCAGGACCUGGCCAAGCUCAAGUCUCGUCCUGCCCACCUGGGGGUCUUCCUGCGCUACAUCUGCUCCCAGGCCGACCCCAGCCCCCUGCUCUUCUACCUCUGCUCUGAUGUCUGCCAGCAGAGCAGCCCCAGGGACUGCAGGGCCUUGGCCAGGGACAUCCUCAGCAUCUUCCUGGACAGGAACGCGCCUCUCCGAGUGAAGGUUUCUGAGCAGCUCCUGGCUGAGAUUGAGAGCCGCCUGCGGAACGGGGACGACGUCAGAGCUGCCCUCUUGGAUGCCCAGGAGCUGGUGAUGCCUGAGAUCCAGGAGCAGAUCCAGGACUACAGGACCAAGCGCACCAUGGGCCUGGGCAGCCUCUAUGGGGAGAAUGACCUCCUGGAGCUGGAUGGGGACCCCCAGAGGGAGAGGCAGGUGGCAGAGAAGCAGCUGGCACAGCUGGGUGACAUCCUGUCCAAGUAUGAGGAGGACAGGAGCUCCCCCAUGGCCUUUGCCCUCAGCACCUACAUGAGCCACAUUGGCAUCCGCUGCCGGGAGCUGCGCCCGCCUGGUGCCAGCGACAAGUGCCAGGCCCUGCCCGACAGGGACAAGUGGUUGCCCUUCUUCCCCAAGCCCAAGAAGCAGAGCAGCAGCAGCAGGAAGGAGAAGGAGGCCCUGGAGGACAAGAAGCGCAACCCCAUCCUCAAGUACAUCGGCAAGCCCAAGGCCUCCUCGCAGAGCACAUUUCAUGUCCCUUUGUCCCCCGUGGAAGCAGUCAGGCCUGGCAGCGUGAGGAACAUCAUCCAGCACUUCGAGAGCAGCCAGCAGCAGGAGGGCCAGGAGCAGGGCAGCCAGCGGCGUGCCAGCGGCGGCACCGAGGAGCUGCUGCCAGACAGCUGCCGAGCCGAGGUCAGGCUGGGUCGCUCGGAGAGCCUGAAGGGCAGGGAGGAGCUGAAGAGGUCGAGGAAGGCAGAGAAUGUGCCCAGGUCCCGCAGCGAUGUGGACAUGGAUGCCGCUGCCGAGGCUGCCAGGCUGCACCAGUCAGCAUCUUCCUCUGCUUCCAGCCUGUCCACCAGGUCCCUGGAGAACCCCACCCCCCCCUACACGCCGAAGCUGGGACGCAGGAGCAUCGAAUCUCCCAACCUGGGCUUUGGGCUGGAUCCUUUCCUGCCUCACCUGCUGGAGGAUGAGCAGGGCCAAGCCUCGGACCUGGAGCCUGAGCUGGACUGGCAGAGCUGGCAGCAGGUGGUCAGCAGGGAGCUGGUGGCAAACCUGCCCCAGAAGGAGAUCGACAGGCAGGAGGUCAUCAACGAGCUCUUUGCCACGGAGGCCUCUCACCUGCGCACGCUGCGGGUGCUGGACCUGCUCUUCUACCAGAGGAUGAGGAGGGAGAACCUCCUGUCCCGGGAGGAGCUGGCACUGCUCUUCCCCAACCUCCCUGACCUCAUCGACAUCCACAAUUCCCUCUCGGAAUCCAUGAGGAAGCUGCGGGAGGAGGGACCAAUCAUCAAGGAAAUCGGGGACCUGAUGCUGUCUCGGUUCGAUGGCCUGGCCAAGGAGGAGAUCCAGCAGGUGGCUGCAGACUUCUGCUCCUACCAAUCCAUCGCCCUGGAGCUGAUCAAGACCAAGCAGCGCAAGGAGAGUCGCUUCCAGCUCUUCAUGCAGGAAGCAGAGAGCCACCCCCAGUGCCGGCGCCUGCAGCUGAAGGACCUGAUCGUGUCGGAGAUGCAGCGGCUGACCAAGUACCCCCUGCUGCUGGAGAGCAUCAUCAGGCACACCGAGGUGGGCAGCUCGGAGCAGGAGAAGCUGUGCAGGGCCCGGGACCAGUGCAGAGCCAUCCUGAAGCAUGUGAACGAGGCCGUGAAGAGGGCGGAGAACAGGCAGCGCCUGGAGGGCUACCAGAAGCGCCUGGAUGCCACCUCCCUGGAGCGCACCAGCAACCCUCUGGCCGCAGAGUUCAAGAACCUGGACCUCACCUCCCGGUGCAUGAUCCACGAGGGGGCCCUCAGCUGGAGAGUCAGCAAGGACAAGACUGUGGACCUUCACGUGCUGCUGCUGGAGGACCUCUUGGUGCUGCUGCAGAAGCAGGACGAGAAGUUGGUGCUGAAGUGCCACAGCAAAACGGCCUUGGGCUCCUCGGACACCAAGCAGAGCUUCAGCCCCGUCCUCAAGCUCACCUCGGUGCUGAUCCGCUCCGUGGCCACAGACAAAAGAGCUCUCUUCAUCAUCUGCACCUCGGAGCUGGGACCUCAGAUCUACGAGCUGGUGGCUCAGACCUCCUCGGAGAGGAGCACGUGGAUGGAGCUGCUGGAGGAGGCCGUGCAGAGUGCCAGCAGGAGUGCCAGCAGGAGUGCCAGCAGCAGUGCCAGCAGCAGUGCCAGCUUCGCCCCCCCCCGCCGCCCCCCGGAGCCUGCCCGCCUGGCACCGCCUGGCUUGGCAUUGCCCGACCCCGAGGUCUGCCCACUGCUGCCUGCAGCCCCCAGCUCCGGGGCAGAGGCAGAAGAUUGCUCCUCAGAUGACAAUGCCAACCCCCUCCUGCCCGCGGGGGGGGCCCAGGCCCUGCUGGAGGAGGAGCCUGGCAGCAGCGAGGUAGAGGAAGGGGAUGAAGAGCUGCCCAGGGCCCCCCUGCCCACGGGGCUCCAGCUGGAGGUGGGCACAGCCCAGCACCCAGGACCCCCCCCACAGCUGCCCCUGCCAGGCCCAGCUGGCACAGAGGGGUUGGCUGAGGCAGCGCUGGAGGAUGUGGAGUCCCUGCGGCUGCUGCUGCUCCGCAGGCUGCUGCCCGGCAGGGAGCUGGAGCCCGAGGACGAUGCCACCCCCACGGCCUCCAUGCCAGGGGGUGCCCCCUGCGGCUGGCACUCGACGCUCUCCACCCCCCAGCAGCUGCUGGCAGAGCCCUCAUGCCAAGGUGCCAAGGGCCGAGAAGAGGGCACCCAGCAGGGGGGGAGUGCCCCCGAGGACCCCAACGGCUACAGGGUGGUCAGGAAAGCCCAGGGUAAGGAGGGGGCUGAGGAGGCCACGCCCUCGCCAGGCAGCAGCCAAUCAGAAACUGAGCUGCAGGAAGGAGGCGGAGCUAAUGUAGAUGGCAACUACUUCUACAUCAGCACAGCCUCAGGCCCCUCCCAGCCCCGGCCGCAGCCCCCAGCCCCCCGGGGGGGGCCCUGCAGGAUGCCCCCCCCCACCUCAGCCCCCCCACUGCGGCUGGGGACCCCCCCCGGGCCCCCCCCCCGCGACGUUGACCUCAUCUUCCUCACCAUGGAGCAGCUGAGCCUGAAGCUCCACAGGCUGAAAGCCCUGGAAGGUGCCCACAGAGCUCUGCUGAGCUCCCUGGGCCGCAGCCCCCCCCCCGCUGACGUCAGCAGCUCCCCCCCGGCGGGGGGCAGAAGGCCUCAGCGAGGACCCCCCCGGAGCAGCCCCCCCCGGGGCCUGGCACUGCAGGGGGCUGGCACCAACGCCCCGGGCUCCAGAGCCCCCCUGGCUGAGGACCCCCCCCCAGAUUCCUGCCUCUGACCACACUGAGGACUGUCGGGGGGGGGGGGGGCAGUGGGAAGGGUCCUUGUGACCCCCCCCAGAGUCCUUCCAACCCAGGAGCAAGGCCUGGGGGGGGCCUUUAACCCCCCCCUUAAACUGCUGGACUUUGGGGGGGGGGGGGGAAGAGAAGUAGCUGGAACUGGGGGGGAGCUGGGAGGGGCUUUUCAUCCUGCAUGGCAGCAGCCCCCCCCCCCCCGAAAUAGCCCCCAGCCCCCCCCCCCCCGUGCCCCCUCCCUGCCCCCCAGAGCUGGAUCUGUAUAAAUGCACUUUGUUCUGUGCCCCCCCCGCAGCCCCCUCCCCACCUUAUAAAUAGAGACCCCCCCCAUGUAAAUAACCCCCCCCGGGCCCCCCCCCCCCCCCCCCAUCCUGGUGACAACAGAGAGGGAAGACCCCCCCCAAAAUCUCCCCCCUCCCAAAAUCCCCCCCCCAAAAAUCCCUCCCCCCCCAAAAUCCUCCUCCCAUGGCUUUUGGUGGGGGGGGGACCCUGGGGGACAGUUGGGGGGGGGGAGGGGACAACAGAGAAGGGAAGACCCCCCCCAAAUCCACCCCCCCUGCCCCCUGCCCCCCACUCUGGCAUUCAUGGGAGGGGUCCCUGAGGGACAAUCAUGGGGGGGGGGAAGGGACAACAGAGAAGGGAGACCCCCCCCAAACCCCCCCCUCAAAACCACCCCCCCCAAGCCCCCCCCUCAAAACCACCCCCCCCAAGUCCCCCCCCCAGGCUUUUAGGGGGUCCUUAGGGGGGGGGAGAGGACAACAGAGAAGGGAGACCCCCCCCAAACCCCCUACCCCCAAAUCCCCCCCCCAAAGCUCCCCACAACCUCUCCCCCCCCCCCCCCCCAUUCGCGGGGGGGUCCCUUGGGGGAUGAUGCCAGGGGGGGGUUGGAGGAGGGCACACGCGCGGGGGGGGGACACCCCCGGGGGGGGGUCCCGAGGAGGUGCCCCCAGCUCCCUUCGCCCCCCCGCCCCCCCCCCGUGCCCCCCCCGGGGGGGUUAUAUAUAUUAUACAUAAUAGAGAGCCACAGCCGCAGGUGGCACUGCCAAGGC